UAGCCAUUAGCUGCUAGCGCCUCGCUAAAAUCGCUUUAACUACAGCCUAAACUCAGCGUGAUAUUUCACAGCGGAGUAGUGGUAACUGAUACCACUGAAAUUAAAGCGAGCUACAACAAACCACCGAGUCAGUGCGCCGAAAAACAGGCAGUUAUUCCAGCUUCACCGUGCAGUCGAUAGCGGCUGAAGUACCAGAGCUAGCCAGCGUUAGCUGUGUUUUCUAACAUCCAGCCAUGAGUCUGGCGGGGAGCCGUGAACCCAGAAAGACUGCGGGGAACCGCAUGUCCAAACUACUGGAUGCUGAAGAAGAGGACGAGUUCUACAAAACAACUUAUGGAGGCUUCAAUGACGAAUCGGGAGACGACGAGUACCACGGAGAACACUCGGAUACGGAGGACGAGGUGGACAGUGACUUUGACAUCGACGAGGGCGACGAGCCAGACAGCGACCAGGAGGAGGACGCCCCGCGGAGGAAGAGCCGCGUCGUCACUAAAGCUUACAAGGAGCCUAUUAAGGUGGCAAAACCCAAACCCAAGAAACCCCACGAGGAGCAGAAGAAGACGGAAAAAAGCAAAGUGGAGCUAAAGAGGAGGAUCCCUCAAGAAUUCCAGGAUUUUGCUGAAACUCGUAAGUCCGUGCGUCAGUCCACCAGCGAGCACACGCGCAAGACCAACCUGCGGCUUCAAGAGCGUCAGGACGCCCCCCGGAGGCGGCGGGGCGCUCACCGCGACAGACCCCUGACCCAGGAGGAACUGCUGGCCGAGGCGAAAAUAACAGCCGAGGUCAACAUCCGAUCCCUCGAAAACUAUGAGCGUCUUGAAGCGGACAAGAAGAAACAAGUCCAUAAAAAGCGGCGUUUUGAGGGGCCGACGAUCCGGUACCACUCGGUGCUCAUGCCCCUCGUCUCCCACUCAGUCCUGAAGGAAGAAAACGUCGACGUGGAGGGUCUGGAUCAGGACGUUCCUCAGACGGCUCCUCAGAAUCCCGCCACGCCCUCCCAGCAGCCCGCCGGGGGCCUGUGCUCCCGCACCUACAUCACCUUCAGCGACGACGAGGCCUUCGAGGCGGCCUUCCCGCACGGCGCCCGCUCCAGCCCGCAGCUGCCCGUCCAGGAGGUGUGUCCCGUCACCCACAAGGCCGCGCUGUACCGCGACCCGGUCACCGACAUACCGUACGCCAACACGCGCGCCUUCCGCAUCAUCCGGGAGGCGUACCGCAAAUACGUGGCCGCCCACGGCUUCCCGAACACGUCGGGAGGCUCGACGGGACUGGAGUCCUCGGCGGCGAAGGGCGCGCGGCAGAAAAUGGUGGUCAAGCAGAGCGCCGCUGCGACAUAAAGGACUUCAAAACAGGCACAGACGUAUGUUUUUUGUUUUUUUUGUUUUUUUUUUAAUCUGGAAAAUGCCCGCCGGUCUGGACCUUUCGUUGUUUCUUCCCUCAGUCUCGUCUCAGCGUAACAAACUGCAGAGUUCUGGGGGUUGAACAGCCUGCCACACUUGGAUUUAAGAACAUUAAAAAGUACAGCAAACAUGAACACAACCAAGUCCUCCGAACUGCACACGGCCUUAUUCUGGAAGCACCUGUCUGUGUGUUUGUCGGAGAUAAAGACGACCCAGGUGCAGUGGAAGAGACGCCGCCACUGUCUGGGAUCCAGGAUCAGGGCGGAUCUGCACGUUGGCAGCUUUUCUUUUCCUCAAGAUGACUUGUAUUUUAUACUCGUUAAAUGUGUUUGUUUCUACAGUUGUACAACAGGAAAAAAAUAAA